GACCGCUCCCUCAUCUCUGUGAGCUGCCCGACAAGCCUCACCUCCAUCGGACGCGGCGCCUUUGCCGGCUGCUGCUCCCUCACCUCCAUCAGCCUCAACGUCGGCCUCGAGUCGAUCAGCAUGGCUGCCUUCCUCGACUGCUCCUCGCUCAGCUCCAUCACCCUCCCCGCUGGCCUCAAGUCCAUCGGCGACUCCGCCUUCAUCGGCUGCUCCGCCCUCGCCUCCGUCUCCCUCCCUGACGGCCUCGCCUCCCUCAGCAACAGCGCCUUCUCCCGCUGCUCCUCCCUGCCCUCCGUUGCGCUGCCCGCGAGCGUGACAGCUAUCGGCUCGUGCUGCUUCCAAGGCUGCACCUCCCUCGCCUCCAUCCGCCUCCCCGCGGCGUGCACUUCUGUGCGCAGCGGCACCUUCGCCGGCUGCUCCUCCCUCACCUCCGUCACUCUCCCCGCCGGGCUCACCGCCAUCGGCAGCGCGGCCUUCGGCGGCUGCUCCUCUCUCGCCACCGUCACCCUCCCCGCCGGUCUCACCUCCAUCGGCAGCGAAGCCUUCUCCCGCUGCUCCUCGCUCACCUCGAUCGCCCUCCCCGCCGGCCUCACCUCCAUCGGGGCAGAGGCGUGCUUUCGCUCUUCCUGCGGCUCCCUGUCCUCCGUCGCCUUCUCGGGCAACAGCAGCAUCGCGCACCUCGGCGACUUCGCCUUUGGCUGCUGCGCCUCCCUGCGGAGCGUCACGCUGCCCGACGGCCUCGCCAUCAUCGGCCGCAACGCUUUCAACGGCUGCACCUCGCUCGCGCGCGUCCGCCUCCCCGCCACGUGCUCCACCAUCGGCGACUUCGCCUUUUUCGGCUGCCUCGCCCUCGACCAGGUGGCGGUG